GUAUUGGAAAAAAGAUAAUUAAUUUUUUAACCUUUAUAUAUUUUCCUUGUUUUGUGAAUUUACAGACAAUGUCUAGUAGAAUCAACAAAAAAGGUAUUCAUUUAUGUGUUUUGUUUUUUUUUUUAAAAGACCAAAACUGUACAUAGUGCCCGCAUUGAAAAAAAAGUAUGUUUUCAGUUAGUAAAUAGAGUAGUACACCUUUUUAGUGUGUUUGAAAAUGUUUUUAAAAAUCCAAAUUUUACAAAUAUUCAUGAUUAUUUUCACAGUUUUAAAAAGGUUUUGAACAUGACAGUUUUGAACAUUUUGACAAUUUUUUUCUGGUACCCAUGCUGCCAGAUGCUCACCCUUUUUAAAUUCUCUUUCUCCUUUUUUAAUGUUUUUUUUUGUUUGUUUUGUUUGUUUUUUACAGUGUAGUCAGUCGUCCUUUUAAGUCAAAUCUGCUGAUAGGAUGAGAGUUUAUAGUUUCUCUUUCAUUCUAUCCAUAUCAAACUAUAUAUAAUUUCCACUGACUGAUCUUGGCAACCACACAGACUGGAUCUCCUUGUAAAAUCAUGACUUCAUGCAAAUUUCCUCUUCUACUGAGAAGACAUGAAGCUGGAUGAAUGGGACUUUGCGUGCCUAAAGUUGCAUCAUUAGUUGCUGAGAACUGCUAGAAGCUUUUGGCUAAUGUUUUAGGACUGCUGUCACUAAUUUCCUGGCAAAAAAAGCGCUUCAGAAAUUCCCUGCACGUGUAGGAAGUGUUUUUCCCAAUAUGGUCAUCCGUUCCGGGCCGUUUCUGAAUGAGGGACUGACCUUCCCAUCACUUUAGCGGUGAUGCGUUCAGGUGCAAUCGAAAAAAUAGGUUGGCAUUUAGCACCGUGACACAUUUCCACUCUUUAAAGCAGCUUUAAUGCGACUAGAAGCCUGUUGAAUACUUGUGGGGCGUUGUAAGAAACCAGAAGACGUUAAAAAGGCGUUAAGACGAUGGGUUUGUCGUCGUUGGAGCCGUUUGGAGACGCGUGCUGAGUGAAACUAACGUACUGCGCGUGAAGGUCGCGCAGCCGUUCCCAGAUGCCUGUAGGUCAAUUUAAAAUAAAGAGAAACCGAAAGAAAUUCGCUGGAUGUUGCAUCACGAUCCGUCUAGUGCCAAAAAAAAACCUUCCUGCGUGUGUUAAAACCUCCAGACCAACCGGCUGCACAGCCACAACAUCCAAGAGUCACCAAGCAACCACGGUAGUUUUCAGCAGCAACACACACUUUUAUUCUCCUCCAGUUUAAUCCGAGCUGCAGGCGGUUUGCGCGCCGGUUGAGCGGUUUAAAUGACGACCUCCGGGCUGCACCUAUGAUCGAUGACCGCCGGUUAGGAGGGAGCGGAGAGCCAGAGAUGUCCCCUUUAUUCAUGGACACUGGCUGCGAGCCUAACAGCCCUGGAUCCCCGUCAGCAGAGGAGUGCCCCAGCAACACUCUUGUAUCGGAGCGAGAAUCGGAGAGGCAACAGGUGGGAAGCAGAGGGUCCAAAAGACGAGACAAGAACAGAGAUGCAGCGAGAAAGAGCCGCAAGAAACAAACCGAGAGAGCCGACGAGCUGCAUGAGGAGCUCCAGCAGCUGGAGCGAUCCAACGCCGCUCUUCAUAAAGAGAUCGCCACUUUGAGGAAACAACUCCACGAGUACGAGACUUCUCUGAAGCGUCAUGAACCUCAUUGCCUCCUCGGUGCCUCCUCAACAGACCGUCGGAGCAGCUCCAGCCCUCCAAAGGUCCCUGCAAAGGUUUCAAACUCCACUUUGGCUGCUGCUUCUUCACUUUCUACCUCUUUAACCUCCAGUCUGGGUCUUGCUACAACAUCAGCCUCAUCUGCCGGCACAUCAGCUGAACCGGUGACUGUUCCUUACUCAGCCUCCUUCCUCGCACAUUCGGCUCCUCACUCUUUGUUUAGCGACGCUGCUCAAAUCACCUCGAGGCCGACAAAUGCUGUCCCCAGCCUUUUGGCAAACUCUCCUGCCCGAAACAUCCGUGAAACCUCUGCAGCUUCUUUCACAGUGGAUGCAUUUUUAACGAAACAAACUCCUUUUCCAGCUGCUUCACCAUGCGCGGUGCCUCCUUACCCCCGUCUGCCCCAGCUUCAUCCAUGUCAGUUCAGUCCAAACAGAUCAAGUCCUCCUGCUGCUGCCGCUCAGUCUCUCUCGGUUCCACCUCAGGCCAGUUUACAGCCCUCUCCAGCCCUUCCUUUCAGCCUGAAUCCGAGUUAUACUUCACCUUCUCCUGCGUCUCUGCUGUCUCUCCUCACCGUCCCCAGUCCUCUUAAUGUUCUUCAAACUAAAUCCAGUAGCACUGACAGAGCUCUUUCCCAACCUUCACCGCCCGAUCUCGGCCCCGAUCUCGGCCUCGAUCUUUCUGAGCUCCUGGAAAACAACGAUUGGAUCCUAAGUGGGCCUCCUAGCACUACAGAAUAGCCUUAUAUGUUGUGAGCAGCUUAACUGAACUAUGGACACUACUUCAAGCUUGCAAAUCAAAGUCACCAAAUUCACCUGAGUUAUAUUAUCUUUUUGCAGUAUUUAUAACAACAAUUUAGGACUUUAGCACAAAUAUAAAGGCUGUUCAGCUUUCUGCUUCUUAAAUUGAUUCAAAAAUACCCGAUAGCAUGUAAAAGUAGAACAUUCUGUCCAUUUCUUUAACGCCAAAACUCCAUAAAUGUGAACCGACAAAACGCUUUUUCACGAAUGUAUCAAAAAUCAGUCUUAAAUCAAAACCAGAGAUGCUGCAAAUCUGCCUCAGCACGCAAAACUCUGACUUGUUCUUUUUGACGGGGUGGAGUACUCACUUCCUCGCAGCUUCAUGGAAAUGUCAUUAGGAGAAAUUUCCAUCCGUGCUGCGGUGUUAAAGACACGACGGUGCCAGAAUUAAUCAUGCAUCCUGGAACUGCUGCAUAUGUGCUUCAACUUCAAGAAACUUUACUCUUCUUCUAUUUUUUUUUACCGUCAUUUAAAAUAAAUAAUGAAACGCAGACUCGCUCCUCACAAAUUCUGCUACUGCUGUUAAUUUAUUUAUAGCUUGCAAUAUUUCAACCCUACAAAAAAUGCAAAAAUGAGUCCGUUUGCUAAUGUAGGUAUUUAAAUUAUUGUUACAGAGCCUCUUCUUUUUAAAUUCUCUCUGAUCCAUAGUGAAAGUGUUAUGAUGUUGUAUUAUGUACUACAAUAUCACUGUGUAGCUAUCUUAGUCUGUAAUGCGUUUAGUACAAACCAUAUGCAGCAGUUGUGUGUAUGCACUGAAUAAUAAAUGCGUAAUGUAGAGCGAAAUAGAUGGAUCAGGGGGAAUGCAAAAAAUAAAUAUUUCAAGGGAACUCAAACUUAAAAAAAAAAAAAAAAAAAUCCCACCACGACCGUUCAAGGCUCUGUAAAUUAUUUAUUUUCUGACAUUUCAGAUAAUAAAGUAAAAAAAAUUAUAAUACAGUUGCUUUAUUUGUAGCCUCAAAAUGCUACAUUUUGCUUGUAAUGUGGGUACCAAGCAGACAAACAUCACAUGUAUCUGUUAUUUUGUGGUAAUUUGGUUCCUUCAACGUAUUAAAUACAUACAGUUACGGCUUUGAUUGAAACCAGAUUGUAAAUACAUGGAUUCAUGCAUUUGUGGUUAAUUUUUAACAAUAGUGUGAGUUUCGUGAGUCUCCUCUCUUAACUGAAGCUGUUUUUUUCAUGCUGCCUGAGAGGAAGCAAACAGCAGAAACCAGCAGGUGACGAGGUUGUCAGGGGCAGCUUCGUUAAGGCUGAUGACAGUGACAGCUAGUGGCUCACCGACAUUCCUCACUCAAGGGAGUCUAAACCUAUGAUUUAAAAAAAAAAAAGCCCUAAUUAGUGAAUCGCUUAUUGAGCAUAUGUCAUGUGAGCUAAUUUUUUCUUCCCUUUGACUUCAUGUAAUUGACAAUAGGAGGACAAAGAGGCUGCUUAAGUCUUUUAGAGGAACUACUGCUGCGAGGAAAUAGAUAGUUUUAUUUUUAAAGCUAGGAAAUGCAUCAUGGUUGUAUCAGAAUGACGAUUUUGAUUGUUCAGAUGAUGAUUUAUGCAGAUGACUUUGCUUUACAUGUACAGGAAUAUAUAUAUAUAU